ACAGGGGAACGUUUGUCCGGGACUCCGCCGUACAGUCGACGCGUUGCCGCUGCGCGAGCUCCUACUAUUCGCGAAGCACGUCAACUCGAGCAGGGAGCGGGACGCCAUUUGCGACGCUCGUUGAAGCACUUUGCGGAGUGGAACUAAUGUAGGAAAGUGGGCGAAAAAAAUAAAUAAAUAAAAGCCGACGACGACGACGACUUGGAGCGAAGAGGAUUCGUGCUCGCUAGCUCCGCAUCGCUUCCCCGCAAGGCCUUGAUUUCCCUGAUGGGUGCGCACUGCGAGGAGGCGACGCGCAGACACAGCUGCAAAUCACCCAACCGAGUCGACAAGUGCGAAAGAAUGAAGACCAGCUAGACGUGUCCCGUCUCCAACAAAAAUAAGAGCAGUUUGUUUUAUUUGGUUGUUGUUUUGAAAACACGGCACAUUUUUUUGGGGGGCAACAUGAGCACGGAAGGCUACCAGUACCGAGCGCUGUACGACUACAAGAAGGAGCGCGAGGAGGACAUCGACCUCCACGUGGGGGACGUGCUGCUGGUGAGCAAAGCGGCGCUGGCGGGGCUCGCGGCGCUCUGCUACACGGACGGCCUGGAGCAGAGGCCCGACGAGAUCGGCUGGCUGCCCGGCUUCAACGAGACCACGCAGGAGAAAGGCGACUUCCCCGGCACGUAUGUCGAGUACGUCGGCAGGAAGCGCAUCUCGCCGCCCACGCCCAAGCCCCGCCCGCUGCGCCCGCUGCCCGUCGCCCCGGCCGCCUUCAGGACCGAGGCCGACUCCGACUCGGAGCAAGGCUUGUGGCUGCUGGACCUGACGGAGCAGUUUUCCCUUCCCGAGACGGCCCCGCCCCACCUGGCCCGUCUCCUCGAGGCCAUCGAGAAGAAAGGUCUGGAGAACCCCACGUUGUACCGGACCUUUACUGCAGGGGGUGGCCAUGAAGUCCGACAAUAUUUUGAGUCUGAUCCCUCGUCUGCGGACCUGGACCGGAUGGAGCUUCCCGCCCUGUGCGACGGCGUGCGCCGGUACCUUCAGGACCUCCCUCAGCCCAUCGUCCCGCCCGCAGUGUACGCUCAGCUAGUGCACGCCGCCAAAGAGGUGUCCAAUCCUGACGAGUGCGCCCAGCAGCUGCGCCGCAUCGCCAGCGGCCCCGGCCUGCCGCCUCAGUACUGGCUGGCCCUCCAGCGCGUCCUGCGCCACUUGGCCCGCGUCUGCCAGAGCACCACCAAGAACCUGCUGAGCGCCCGAGCGCUGGGCGAAAUCUUCAGCCCCGUCUUCUUCAGGCAGCAGAGCACCAGCUGUGAGCCCAGCCUGGAUGCCCACGUCAGGAUCAUCGAAGUUCUGGUGGCCAGCGAACGGACUGAAAGUCAGGCCGCUCCAGCUCUACCUCCGAAGCCGCCCAAGCCCGCCCCCGUCACUAACAACGUUCAGAACAACAGCAUGGCGCUGCAGGACGCCGAAUGGUACUGGGGAGACAUCUCCCGCGAGGAGGUCAACGAGAAGCUGCGGGACACGGCGGACGGUACAUUUUUGGUGCGCGACGCAUCCACGAAGAUGCACGGCGACUACACGCUGACGCUGAGGAAAGGCGGCAACAACAAGCUCAUCAAAAUAUUUCACCGCGACGGCAAGUACGGCUUCUCGGACCCGCUCACCUUCAGCUCCGUGGUGGAGCUCAUCAACCACUACCGCAACGAGUCGCUGGCGCAGUACAACCCCAAGCUGGACGUCAAGCUGCUCUACCCGGUCUCCAAGCACCAGCAGGAUCAGGUAGUGAAAGAGGACAACAUCGAAGCCGUGGGCAGGAAGCUGUGCGAGUACCACCAGCAGUACCAGGAGAAGAACAAGGAGUACGACCGUCUUUAUGAGGAGUACACCAGAACAUCACAGGAAAUCCAAAUGAAGAGGACCGCCAUCGAGGCGUUCAACGAAACCAUCAAGAUCUUCGAGGAGCAGUGUCAAACGCAGGAGCGCUACAGCAAGGAGUACAUCGAGAAGUUCAGGAGGGAGGGCAACGACAAGGAGAUCCAGAGGAUCAUGGGCAACUACGAGAAGCUCAAGUCCAGGAUCAGCGAAAUCGUCGACAGCAAGAGCCGCCUGGAGGAGGACCUGAAGAAGCAGGCGGCCGACUACCGCGAGAUCGACAAGCGCAUGAACAGCAUCAAGCCGGACCUCAUCCAGCUGCGCAAGACCCGAGACCAGUACCUCAUGUGGUUGACGCAGAAGGGCGUCCGGCAGAAGAAGCUCAACGAGUGGCUGGGAAUCAAGAAUGACACCACCGAAGAUCAAUACUCGAUGGUGGACGACGACGAAGACCUGCCCCAUCACGACGAGCGCUCCUGGAAGCUGGGCAACAUCAACCGGCUGCAGGCCGAGGCGCUCCUCCAGGGCAAGCGAGACGGAACAUUCCUGGUGCGGGAGAGCAGCAAGGCGGGAUGCUACGCCUGCAGCGUCGUCGUGGACGGCGAGGUGAAGCACUGCGUCAUCAACAAGACGCCGUCGGGCUUCGGUUUCGCCGAGCCGUACAACCUGUACGGCUCCCUGAAAGAACUGGUCCUCCACUACCAGCACACGUCUCUGGUGCAGCACAACGACUCUCUGAAUGUGACGCUCGCCUACCCCGUCUACGCUCAGCAGAGGCGGUGAGGCGGAGGCGGGGGCGGGGGGGCCGAGGUGCUACGAGGAGGCCUCACGGACGCAGGCGAGGGGGGAAACUACGAAAAGGACGCCUGAAGCGUUUUCAGUGACUGCCUGACGAGUUUGAAUGUACAUUUGAUCUUCUUUUGAGCGUUUGCGUGCGUCCCCCCGGGACCCCCUGCCCGAGGACACUGAGGCCUUUUCCUAAACGGUGCUUGCGGACUCUCUGACGCUUUACCCGCCGCGAUGGAACUCAACUCCCCCCCUUUUUCGUGUGUCUUUUUGGUUGCGACAGUGUGUGCGAAAGAGCGUUAGUUAGGUGAAGUGUGAGGGCGUGUGUGUGUGUGUGUGUGUGUGUGCAAGAGAGUAAGUGCGAAAGAGUCAAUAUGAGACUUUUGUGUGUGUGUGUGUGAGAGAGAGAAACUGAGUGUGCUCGUGAGAGUGUUUGAGUUUAUGAGAGUAAGUAUGCAUGAGAGGCUUUGAGAGUAUUUGUGUGAGAGAGCGAGUGCCCAAGAGUGCGCGCAAGAUUGAGUGUGUGUGAGAGCAAUGUGUCAGAGUGAGUGAGAAAUUGUCCAUGUUGACCAAAACUCAUUGACUCACGAUGAAAAGAGUGUUGUGCGUGCGCGCGCGCGUGUGUGAUGAGGUACUCGCUGGUAUGCGCUGUCAAAUAGCAGACGUGGAUCAGCUGAUCAAUGUAGCAUAAAUGGCACUUUUUAAGUUUUUUUUUUUUCUUUUUUGGUUCCUUUUGGAUGAGUCCUAUGGACUUUUUCAGGAGGAGGAGGAAGCAGUGAAACUAUGAACCAAGUGCACCAAAGUAAAAAAAACAAAAACAACAAAAAAUGGAAGAAAAAAACAAAAAAAGUUCCUGUUGAUUUUUCUUUUAGUUUCUGAUCUGCUAUGCAAUUGUUUGUCCACACUCUGUUGCAAAGCACGAAAUAAGCUUGUGUAAAUAUCCACAAGGGUAUUUAAAUGUACAAAUGCCAACCUACCGUCAAUAUCUAAUUUUUUUUUUUUUUUAAGAAUAAUAAUAGUAGUCCAACUUUAUUAUAACUCACUUUAACGAUGGAGAGGAGGAAAAAUAUUUGAUUCGUCCUCCGUGGCUUCGAACUGCUCCCGUUCUCAGGCAGAACCUUCAGAAUGGUCCAGGCUGCUUCACUCAGAAAAGCAGUUGGCACGGAACAGUAUAGAUUUAUUUUCAUAUAACAAAUAUAUAUAUAUAUAUAUAUAUAUAUAUACAUAGAAAUAUAUACGUCCCCCGUCCCCCCCACAUGAGAGAAGAGUGGCUAUUCAAGAUUAACAUCCAUGAUUCACUUUAGUAUUUUUCUGUAUCAGAAAAUGAAAUAUGGACACCAGGUGGAUUCGCUCAUUUCACCUCAUUUCACGCUAACAUUAUUAUUAGUGUUUCCCCAGUGAGCCAAAGACAUACACUACUAACAAAAAAUUAGGGAUAUUCGGGGUAUUAUUAAUGUUUGUUUCCAAGGAAGUCCACUCGGCGCAGUGGCAAGAUUGUGACGGUGUCAGUCACAGGUUGAAACAUAUCGAGACUGGAGGAGUCACAGAAAGGCACACGUUUACAUCCUUGGAAAUGAAUUUUGACGUUCACUUCUUUGUUAGAGAAAAGCAACUUGUACAAAAAGCCCAGUAUCCUUAACUUUUUGCAAAUAGUGUUUUACGUAAGGAAAAUGUCUCGUACGCCACAAAAAAAAGUAAAGAUAUAUAUAUAUAUAUAUAUAUAUAUAUAUGCUGAAAUAAUGAUGAUUUUUGUCUCAAUUUACUUAAAUUGAAAGCAAAGCUAUUGUUCUGUUGUAUCAAUGGCAACAGGCGGCUGCACAGGUUAAAUGUAACUUCCGCCACCUACUGGAAGCACAUUGAAUUGUUCUGUCGGCCACUAUACGCCGCUAGCAUAAAUAAAUGUUACAUUUGUAGUAAAUAGAAACAUUUCCACCAAAUUCAUAUAAAUUGGAUCAUUUAGCGAUCGGAUCAUUUCCCACGACGCGCUACACGGUAGUUGGGAGAAUCGCUGCUAACCAACGAGCGAACUGUAAAAGACGCGCGCAAUGUGAGAAUGUCAUCGCUCACUGUAGCGAGUGUACAAUUAUUUUGUUUCAAAAAAGUUUUUGUCCACGAAAAAACCUCAAGGCUACUAGAUGUGUCAUGUGACAUUUUGUUUCACCUUUUUAAACAAGCUGCUGACGUCUUUGUUUUAUGAUAUAUGAUGAUGAUUUUUUUGGGUGUUUUUUUUUUUUUUUUUUAAGUUUCCUCAGCAUCAUGCACCAUUCUUUUUGUUUUUUUCCCCUCUUUGGCUUUGUACGACUAUUGGACAUGUUUGGUUGAUUGACUUGAUGGUUUACCAGUGUUGCUUCAAACCUGUAUUGGGCUCUUAAAAAAAAUAAAAAUAAAACCCUUUCUUUUUAUGAAAA